AUGACAUUCCAAAAAAUCAACACUAGCUUGGUAUUGAUCAUAUUUUUCGCAGUUCAGUACACUGCUUCAACACAAAACAAUAAUAAUAUUCAUUUCGUUAUUGAAGAAACUUCUUUCGAUAGGCUUUGCCAAUCGAAGAAGAUUCUUACUAUCAACGGACGAUUCCCAGGGCCUACCAUAUAUGCGCGCGCUGGAGAAACGUUGGUCCUAGACGUUGAAAACAAAGGGAAGGACAACGUUACGAUGUUUUGUUGUAGGGGCGUGGGUAAACAGGUGAAGUCUGAUCAAGUGGAGUGGCUAGUUAAGGCAGGGUCUACAGUAAGAAAAAAUAUCACAAUAUCUGACGACGUGGAAGGGACGCUAUGGUGGCAUGCCAUGAAUAUCUGGCAACGCGCCACUGUUCAUGGCGCUUUCAUUGUCCAUCCAAAACCCGGAAAGCCUGAUGAUCAUGCCGAUAUUCCCAUCAUUUUAGGUGAAUGGUGGAAGAAGGAUGUCAAGGAGGUCUUCCUUGACUAUAUUGACUCAGGCAGUGACAUAAAAUCGGACGCUUUCACGGUUAAUGGACAGCCUGGUGACUUCUACCCUUGUUCAAACAAUGGAACUUUUAGGAUAGUAGUGGAUACUGGGAAGAAAUAUCUUCUCAGAAUUGUGAACGCUGCAAUCCGUAAAAAACUUUACAUUGGGAUCGCAAGUCACGACUUAACCGUAAUUGCGAUGGAUGGAAGUCCUCUAACAAAACCAUUUACAACAGGCUACGUCGAAUUGAGUGUAGAACACUCAAUUGACUGCAUCUUCGAGGCGAACCAGCAUCCAGAUUAUUAUUAUAUGGAGCUGAAAUGUAAAUAA